GUGACGUCAGAUCAGGGCGCCACGCUUGAAGGAGAGUGCGGGAAGCUGCCACUGCGCGGGAGCUCCCUGACAGCCAUGGACCUAACGCAGAAAGUGCGGGAGCUUAGUCGCUGGGCUGCAGAAGAGAUGGAGGUGCCCCAAGCGGCCCUCCCCGGGGAGUCGACGCUGCGCAGGAUGUGUCUGGGUCAGGGGGCUGACAUCUGGGCCUACGUUGUGCAGCAUGUGCGUAGUCAAAGGAGUAUCAAGACGGUCCGGGGAAACCUCCUCUGGUAUGGCCAUCAGGACAAUUCAAAGGUCCGUCGGAAGUUGGAGCUGGAAGCCACCCUGGCCCGCCUUCGAGAAGAGAGCCACGGGCUAGACCAGAGCCUGGAGCUGAUGGAUCGAGAGACUGAGGCUCAGGAUGUCACCAUGGCGCAAACACUGCAGAGCCUGAAAGAAACCCAGCAUCGAACGCUUCUCCUCCAGGCCAAAGGCGCGGCUGUGCAGAGACAGCAGCGUGGGCUGCAAGUUCCCACGCAGAGGCUACGGGAUCAGCUUGGUCACCUGCAGGACAUGCAGAGGAAAACCCAAGUGGACGUCGCCUUUGGACCUCUGGUGUCGGCAGCGCCAGCCCUGGAGCCUGAUGUGUUGCGUGAUGUCCAGACAGCCUGCUCCCUCCGGACUCAGUUCCUGCAGAGCCUUCUCACACCCCAGGCCAAGGGAGGCGGUAGCCUCCCUCGUGAUGACGCCCACUUCAGAAGUUCCCAUCAACAGUGGCUGAGCUCAGUUGAGACACUGCUGACAAACCACCCCGCAGGCCACAUUCUGGCUGCCUUGAAGUACCUGGCCGCAGAGCGGGAGACGGAGAUCCGGUCCCUGUGCAGCGGGCUCAAAGAAGAGGCCGUGUCCAGCCCCCAGGCACCGGACCCGUCAAACACCGGCGGCCAGGCCCUGCCACCCAUCGCCCACCUCAUCCAGGAGGGCUGGCAGGCUAUAGGCGCACUCUAUACGGAGAGGAGCAGGCUCCUGGAGGAGUAUCAAGCCCUGACUGACCGCCUCCAGAGCCUAGUGGGGGAGGAGCUGGGAAGACACGCUCCGGAGUCCAGUGAGAGGAAAGUCCUGCUGCUGGGGCUUAAGUGCAGCGGCCGGAGGGCAGAGCUCAGGUCUCUUCAUGCCCAGUGCCAGGAACUGAAGAAUUCGGCUGGGCACCAGCAACUUCUGUUUCGAGAGCUGCAGGCCAAGCAGCAGCAGAUCCUGCAGUGGCGCCAGCUGGUGGAGGAGACCCAGGAACAGAUCCGCCUGCUCAUCAAGGAUAACUCGGUCAUCAAGACCCGCCUGAGCCGGGGCCCAGAGGAGGUGCUGGCCCUGAUGCAGCAGAAGGUCGUUCCCACCGCAGACGCAGUGGCACCGCAGAGCCAGGAGCUGCUCCACCGCUUGAAGGAGGAAGCGCAAGGCCUGCCCCACAUUCCGCUGAGGCCCCUGCUGUGCCUGAAGCCGCUGUCCAAGAUCCUACCAUCCAUCCAGCAGCUGCACCCCGCUGCCCCAAGGAGUUCCAGCCACAUCUCGCUGAGCCAUACGCUGGGGCUGCCUGUAGGGAAAGCACCGGAGCUACUGCUUCCAAAGGCUGCCUCUCUCCGCCAAGAUCUUCUGUUUCUCCAAGACCAGAGGGAUUUCCAAAAAGCAAAUCCUCACGUGAAGAGCGGUCUGCCUCUGGGACCAUCCACCCAGGAGCUGCUGCAGACCAACGCGGCCCAGGAGAAGGAGCAGAGGGAGGACAUGGGGCAGACGCUCAAGAAGCUGGAGGACCUGGCCAAGCAGGCACUGGAGCGAAUCCCCGAGCUGCGGCGGCUCGUUGGGGACUGGUGGGAGCAGCCAGGCCAGGCCACCCUCUCCGGGGAGCUCUGCCAGGGCCUGUCCCUGCCCCAGUGGCAGCUACGCUGGGCCCAGGCCUGCAGAGCACUGCAGCAGCCGUACAAAUGAAGACGCAGCUAGGAGCGGAGUCAAGAAUCGCGACUUAGCCCGGCGGUGGUGGCGCACGCCUUUAAUCCCAGCACUCGGGAGGAGGCAGAGGCAGGCAGAUCUCUGUGAGUUCGAGACCAGCCUGGUCUACAAGAGAGUUCCAGGACAGCCUCCAAAGCCACAGAGAAACAGAGAAACCCUGUCUCCAAAAAAAAAAAAAAAAAAAGAAGAAGAAUUGCAACCAGCCCAGUAGUGUGAGACUAUUGUCCCUACUCAGGAGGCUACGGAAAGAGGACUGCUGUUGAUUUCUAGCCAGCCUGGGCUACAUAAGAUCCUAUUUAAAAAAUAAAUAGUACUUAACCCCCAGAUCACCUCCCUCAGUAAAGCAUUUGACAGUA